AUGGCCGCAGGUCCCCCCGCGGAGAGGCUGCGGGAGGAGGCGAGGUGCCCAGUGUGUCUGGACUUCCUCAAGGACCCUGUCAGCGUCAACUGUGGACACAGCUUCUGCUUCAAGUGCAUCUCCGAGUUCUGCGAGAAGUCCGACAGUGCGCAGGGCGGCAUCUAUGCCUGUCCCCAAUGCCGGGGUCCUUUCAGCCCGGAGAGUUUCCGUCCCAACCGGCAGCUGGCCAGCUUGGUGGAGAGUGUGCAGCAGCUGGGACUGGGCGCGGGCCCCUCGGCUGGGCGCCUCUGCCUGCGCCACGGCGAAGAGCUGAGCCGCUUCUGUGAGGAGGACCAGGAGGCGCUCUGCUGGGUCUGCGACACCACGGAGCACCGGGGCCACCCCACGGCGCCGCUGCAGGAGGCCGCCAGGGCCUACCAGAUAAAGCUACAAAGAGCCCUGGAGCUUGUGAGGAAAGAGAUGGAGGAGGCCUUGACUCAGGAGGCCAACGUGGGGAAGAAGACUAUAAUUUGGAAGGAGAAAGUAGAAAUUCGGAGGCAGAGCUUCCGAAUGGAAUUUGAGAAGCACCGUGGCUUCCUGGCUCAGGAGGAGCAACUGCAACUGAGGCGGGUGGAGGAGGAGGAACGAACCACCCUGCAGAAAUUGCGGGAGAGCAAGAACAGGCUGGCCCUGCAGAGCAAGGCCCUGAAGGAGCUGGCUGAGGAACUGGAGGAGAGGUGUCAGCGGCCAGCCUUGGAGCUGCUGGAGGUGAGGCCAGAGGGGAUGCUGGCACAUAGUAAAUCUAUUACACGGUUGGAAGCAGAGACCAUUCCCAUGGAGCUGAAGACAGUGUGUCACAUUCCUGGGAUGAGGGACAUGCUAAGGAAAUUUCAAGUUGAUGUAAAGCUGGAUCCAGCCACGGCUCAUCCUAGUCUACUCUUGACUGCUGACCUUCGCAGUGUGCAGGAUGGAGAACUGUGGAGGGAUGUUCCCAACAACCCUGAGCGCUUUGACACGUGGCCCUGUAUCCUGGGUUUGCAGAAUUUCUCCUCAGGGAGGCAUUAUUGGGAAGUGGUGGUGGGAGAAAGAGCAGAGUGGGGUUUAGGGGUUUGUCAAGACACAAUAUCAAGAAAGGGAGAAACCACACCAUCUCCUGAGAAUGGAAUCUGGGCCAUGUGGUUGCUGAAAGGGAAUGAGUACAUGGUCCUGUCGUCCCCAUCCGUUCCUAUUCUCCAACUAGAACGGCCUCACCGCAUUGGGAUUUUCGUGGACUAUGAAGCUGGUGAAAUCUCCUUUUACAAUGUCACAAAUUGGUCUCACAUCUACACAUUCAACCAACUUUUCACUGGUGUUCUACGACCUUAUUUUUUUGUCUGUGAUACGUAUCCUCUUAUCUUGCCACCUAUCACAGAAGCGGAGACAGAAUUGGGGAUCCUGGGGUCAUCUUGACUCUGCUUCUAAUUUUAUAGACAAUUAUUCCCAAAGCUAUA